UUUUAUUGAAAUGCCAACUACUUUCCAAACUACCGAAUGUGGGCCGGCCCAUACCUCAGAAUUUCAAGUCAGAGAUCAAAUGGGUGGACCCUUGGCCUAACAGUAAUCGGGCCAGCCCGCUGAUACACUCUCCGAGAUUCGAGAAGAAAGUAAAACUGCUCUACGAACAGCUCCACCGCCAAAAAUCGCCGAAAAUCUCCGUUCUCUGGCGGUUCAUUUUGUCUGAACUCUGAUCACACUUCCAUGGAACAGCAGAGACAGUCUCCGUGUCUCGAAGAUUGCUUGAAGCUGUUGAAGGGAGAGAGGGACGAGCAACGCCUUGCUGGUCUUCUUCUUGUUACGAAAUUCUGUAACAAGGACGAUUACGCUUCCAUUCGCAGGGUCUACGAUGCUGUUGGUGUUCGAUUCCUCGAUCGCCUCCUCAGAACCGGGAUGGGAAAACUAGGUGUGAGUGAGAGUGGAGGCGACAAUCGUGAUGCAUAUUUGCAGUUAUCAAUUACUGUUCUUGCUGCAUUUUGUCGGGUUCCUGAGAUAGCUUCAUCUGAAGAUAUGGUCUCAAAGAUUCCUCUCAUAUUGGAGAUUAUGUCAAAUGGGUUGGGUUCAUCCGUUACUGAAGAAUGCUAUGAAUUUUUAUUUUUGGUAUCAAAUACUCAUAAAGAUGGAGUUUCAACAUUGUAUGAAUCUGGAGGCAUGAGUGUGCUAGCUGCUCAGAUGUCUACUUUGCCUGAUGGUUCCCACUCAGUACAGUGUGCCAUGAGACUUGUUCAGUUAAUGAUAAAUAAGCUGUCCCUAGACACCAUUAACAACGAACAUCCAUCAGAGCUGGCAUUGAUGGUGGCAACAAUAGCCAAGCAAUUUGCUGUGCUGCAUGAUGCUGUGAAAUUUGAAGCGCUCCACCUACUAGUUGCCAUCCUCUCCUCGAGAUAUUCUGCACCAUUGCAUGAGGCUCUCCGUUUAAUGAAGGAUGACAUUUGGUCGACUUUUAUACGUGUGGGUGUCAUGGCAAUAUUACAGAAUCGUGUUGCACCUGCUGAAAAGCUUCAAGCUCUUGUUUUGGCGGAGUCCACAAUAUCCAUAGUUGGUGAAGGGUGGCUCAUUGGUCAGAUGAACUUGUCUGAUACACAGGACCUUGUUCCAGCAGACAGGUGUAUAUUGCUUGUGUUGGAGUCAUCAAGAGUCGAAGUUGCCGUUCUUCUCAAUGAACUUGCCUACUUGAAAUACGAGGCUUCCAAGAAUUCUUCUUCCAACUCCGAAUCAAUUCUUUUAAAGAAACAGAACCUAGUUGUUGCCUUCUCUUUGGUGGAGAGGAUAAUUAAAUUGAUUUCAAACAUUGGUGGAGAUGAUGAAGGUAGUGUUAUUAGUGAAAGCACUUUGACGAAGGUGAUCUCCGGGCUCAAUGAGACGAUUGGUGUGAUUCUAGAGUACUUAGAAGAUGCAAAGGAUCAUGGUCAAACAAAGGGAGAUGAUCUUCUUGCUUCAGUGCGUAUUGUGGGGAGUUACCUUGCAGAAACACCUGUUGCUUGUAAAGAAAAGGUCAGGGAACUUCUAGGGUAUAUGCUCUCAAUUGAAGGCGAAGACGAGCCAAGCCCCUUUUACUCCAUAUGCUUUUUGCUUCCUAUGCUUUGUCAAAUAACAAUGGAGGUUUAUGGAUGCAAGGUUUUAGCUUCUUCAGGAGCUAAUAAAGCUGUUGUGGAAUGCUUGAUUAAAUUGAUUGGCCCAGAUGGUCACACAAAUGACGAUAAUGGUUCUAUAUUCUUGGCGUGUGAUACAAUUAUGAAUCUUCUUUUGAAGAGAGAUCAAAUCCGAGUUCAAUUAGACGAUGCUUAUUUUGUUCGUCUUUUGCGAGCAUUGGCAUAUUGGACAGGAGAUACUGAUGACCUGUCUGUUAUAAUGAUGGCUUCAAGCAUUUGUACACUAAUAUUUGACUCAACUUCUGAGGAGGCUCUUCUUCAACAUCAAAGCUUUGACCGUAGUGACCUGAUUAGUCUGUCUCAGCUCAUCGUGAGAAGUUUGGCUAUAUGUGGGCAGGAAAUGAUGUCUGACGAUGCUAAAGCAGAAGCAGAUCUUCAUCAGAUUGUUGCCUCUGGAUAUUCUCGUUGGGCUGAUCGGUUUCCCCAUAUUAGAGAGGCUGUUGAGCGGUAACAAAAUAUGGCCAGUCCCCUGGCAAUUCCAUGUUGAUCCAUGAUCAACUACUCGAGAAUAGAGAGCUUAUUGGCAGUUUGUCGUGAAAGAGGAGGACCAUUAACAUCCAUAUCCAAAACAUUAAGCGAAAAAGAAGUGCCUCCUGGAAAACAUGUUCAUUGUGCGUGCUGUGUGAAGUGGCUGCACAUUUAGCCGAAGGAUCUGCAGUUUGGUUUGGUUCCCUGCAAGCAAAACAAAAGCCAACAUUUUGGAAGUUAUGUAGUAGUUAUGUAAUAGUUCAAAAGCAUCCUUUCCAAAUUUCUUGAUAUUUCUACCCCCCCACACUCUUCAAUUUGAGGGGUGAUUAUGACAUAUUUGAUGGUAAUUAUUAAUAUUUAAUCAAAGAUAAUGUGACAUUUGAGACUCUAAUCAUGAGUAAUGGAUUCAGAGCUAAAACAUAAGAGUUUUGGGUUUAGAAUAAUGCUAUAUGCAUUAAUUGGUAUACCAAUUAGUGUAUCAACGGAUGAUGUGGUACAAUUUUAGAGACUUUGAAUUUUUAUAAUUUAUAUGAUGAGUGGGGUCAUAGUU